CUGUCAGAUGCCCACGGAGCAAUGCGGCAGGCCGGCAGCAUAGGCACUAUGGGAAGGGGUUAAUGCCGGAUGAUGGGGAUAAUGACAGGAGCUGGGUCUGCCUUGCCGUGACGUCACACGGCUCCCGGCAGCAGCAGCAGCAGCGGCGGCGGGGACAGGGCUGGCAGAGGGACAGACCAGCCUCCUCUAAUAGCUGCUGCCUGCUCAUGUGACUGGGAACAGUAGUAAGACAGGUGCCUUCAGUUCAGCCUCAGUCAGGGGCGAGUUGCCUGUAUGAGUGCUAGCUCUGCUGCCUGUGCGCCUGGGGAUUGUACUUCCAUAAGGUUUAUUGCCGUCAUUCAGGGACUGGAUGGCGUGGGACAUGUGCAACCAGGACUCUGUAUGGAGUGACAUAGAGUGCGCUGCUCUGGUUGGAGAAGACCAGCCUCUGUGCCCUGAUCUUCCGGAACUGGAUCUUUCUGAACUUGAUGUGAAUGAUUUGGAUGCAGAUAGCUUUCUGGGUGGAUUAAAGUGGUACAGUGACCAAUCAGAAAACAUUUCCAGCCAAUACAGUAACGAGUCAUCCAACAUAUUUGAGAAGAUAGAGGAGGAGAGCGAAGAGAACCUGCUAGCCGUUCUUACGGAGACACUGGACAGUCUCCCUGUGGAUGAGGAUGGAUUGCCUUCAUUCGAUGCACUGACAGAUGGAGAUGUGACCACUGAACAUGAUCCCAGCCUCUCAUCUAUACCUGACGGCACCCCUCCAACACAGGAGGCAGAAGAGCCGUCACUACUUAAAAAGCUCUUGCUGGCUCCUGCGAACACUCAGCUGAUUUAUAAUGAAUGCAGUGGACUCAUCGCUCACAACCAUGCAAGCUCUAAUCAGAGGAUCAGAACGAGUUCUGCAUCCAUCAAGAGCGAGAACUGUUGGAGUAAUAAACCCAGAAACAUUUGUCAACAGCAAAAGCCACAAAGGCGCCCUUGCUCAGAGCUCCUUAAGUACCUGACUGCAAAUGAUGACUCUUCUCAGACCAAAUCAACAGAGAGCAGGAUUAACAACAGGCUUGACAAAUGCACAAAAAAGAAGCCCUGCUUGCAUCCUCAGCCACAUUUUCAAGCCAAGUCAACAAGUUUGUCACUUCCUCUGACACCCGAGUCACCAAAUGACCCCAAGGGUUCCCCAUUUGAGAGCAAGACUAUUGAAAGAACCUUAAGUGUGGAGCUCUCUGGAACUGCAGGACUAACUCCACCAACAACCCCACCUCACAAAGCCAACCAAGAUAGCCCAUUCAGAACUUCUCCCAAGCCUAAGGCUUCUUGCAAGUCCGCUGUGCCACCUGCUAAGAAAUCUCGCUACAUUGAGUCUUCCAGUCUCCAAGUUAUUAACUCAAAAAAAGGUCCCGAACAAUCUGAACUGUACGCACAGCUUAGAAAGACCUCAGUGGCCAUUGGGCAAGAGGAGAAAAAAGUUAAACGACCUAGUUUACGACUUUUUGGAGACCAUGACUACUGUCAGUUUAUGAAUUCAAAAUCAGAAAUACAUAUUAGCUUAUCACAAGAAUUACAGGCCACUAGACAACUUGAAUGUAAGGAUUCUUUGCCUGGGAAAAAAUUGCAAGUUUAUUCCUCAAGUGAUCAAGUACAGAAUCCAAAGGACAGUUUGGAAGUAUCCAUGCCAAGUUCUCAAAACAGCAGCCGAAAACCCCUGCAAGACCAGGAAAUCCGUGCGGAACUCAAUAAGCACUUUGGGAACCCGACGCAAGCGGUUUAUGAUGAGGAGAACAAAAACAGAGACCUGGAAAACAAUGAUUACAGCAAUGAUCAGUUCUCUAGACUACCUAUGUUUUUAACUUCCGGACUGGCUAUGGAUAGUUUGCUUGAUGACAGCGAGGAUGAGAAUGAUAAACUGUGCUAUACCUGGGAUGGAAUACAAUCCUAUUCGUUAUUCGAUGUAUCCCCUUCAUGCUCUACCUUCAAUUCUCCAAGCAGAUAUUCCGUGUCCCCACCAUCAUCCUUACUUUCGCAGCGGUCUCAUAGGAUAUGUUGUCGAUCCAGGUCUAGAUCUUUAACUCAGCACAGAUCAUCUUCCCGGUCACCAUAUUCACGUUCAAGGUCCAGAUCUCCAUCCAGCAGAUCUUCAUCAGGGUCUUGCUGCUGCUAUGAGACAGAUCACUGCAGACAGAACAGUUCUCCAGUAUAUACACAAUCACGGUCAAGAUCCCCAUACAGUCGCAGACCCAGAUAUGACAGUUAUGAGGAAUACCAACACGAGCGGCUGAGACGGGAGGAAUACCGCAAGGAGUACGAGAAGCGGGAGUCAGAGCGAGCAAAACAAAGGGAACGACAAAGGCAAAAAGCAAUUGAGGAACAUAGAGUUAUUUAUGUUGGUAAGAUGAGAACUAACAUAAGUCGUACGGAACUGCGAGCCCGGUUUGAAGUUUUUGGUGAAAUUGAAGAAUGUACAGUCAAUCUGCGGGAUGACGGAGACUGUUACGGUUUCAUCACCUACCGCUACACCUGUGACGCAUUUGCUGCUCUCGAGAAUGGAUACACCCUGCGCAGGUCAAAUGAACCCGACUUUGAGCUUUGCUUUUGCGAACGAAAGCAGUUUUGCAAGUCCAACUAUGCAGAUUUAGAUUCAAAUUCAGAUGACUUCGAUCCUGCUUCCACCAAAAGCAAAUAUGACUCCAUGGAUUUUGACAGUUUGCUUAAAGAGGCACAAAGAAGCCUGCGCAGGUAACAUGCGUCACCGCCACGCCCAAUGGAACGAUGGAGAAUACCUCACGGACAUCUCGUCCCCCAAUAAGAGACUUUUUCGAAAGUCAAACCUAGGAAUUUCUCCUACUUUUCACUCUCCGUUCUUCAAUGGUUUACAUGAACACAGCUGCUGGAGACUAAAGAGGCGAUGUGAUUGUUAGACAGAUGAGCAUAGCCUUGGGUGUCAGAUGAUUCCACACUUUCACACUCGCAAUUGUAUCACUGGAACAAAAGGCGGCACUCGCUCUGCACCCAUUGCAGGUGGAAGCGCCAGCCAACUGUGAAAGCUCCUCACUUUCAAAACUGAUUACCCUGGGAACGUCAAGAUAUCACUAUUUACCAUGAAACUAUAGGAGGAUUUAUAAGCUGCUGAUGCUCAACUACAAUGCAAUCUUCACUUUUGUCUGAUUUCAAUCAUCGCCCUGAUGAAAAAAAACACAAAAACAAAAAACAUUGCAAUAUAGAUGACGCCUUAGUAACUUUUUUUUAUUGGGAACCUGGUGAAGAAAUCAAGGAAAUGGCAUUUUUUUUUCUAGUAACCCUUUGUCUCUCUAUGCUACAGUAGUCUCUCACUCUGGCACCCACGCAGUUGUCUACAAUGUUGUCCGUCAACAUUAAAGCCUUGUAAAUGGUCAAUUUCACAGCCUGUUCAGAUUUUAUAUAUAAAUAUAUAUAUAUAUAUAUAUAUAUAUAUAUAUGAUUUUCUGAUGAGUGGUUGUGGUGUUACAUAGGGGCAGAUGUAUUAAGCCUGGAGAAGUGAUAAAGCAGUGA